GAGAAGGCCAAGGCCGACCGCCUCGCCCACCUCGAGGCCCAGUCCCUCGAGGCCCUGACGCUCGCGGCGGAGAACUACGAGAAGGCCGUGUUCCCGAACGCGAUGAUCGUCGGCGACUGCGUCAUCACGCACCUCCUCGGCAAGCUCGGCUACCUCGAGAGCGGCAAGGUGAAGAUCAUGGUCGUCGACACGUACCACCUCUUCGACUCGACGAUGCCCUUCCUCGAGUCCCUCGAGGCCAAGUACAAGUUCAAGGCCGAGAUCUUCGGCCCCGCGGACUGCGAGGACAAGGACGUCUACCUCAAGAAGUUCGGCGACAAGCUCUGGGUCGCGGACGUCGAGCAGUACGACAAGGUCUGCAAGGUCGAGCCGUUCCAGCGCGGCCUCAAGACGCUCGAGACGGACGUCAUGAUCAACGGCCGCCGCCGCGACCACGGCGCCGAGCGCGCCUACAUCGACAUCGCCGAGGUCGCGCCCAUCGGCGGCGGCCUCGCGAAGCUCAACCCGCUCGCGUACUGGACGCUCGAGGACUGCUUCGACUACGCGGCCGCCAACGGCGUGCCCCUCCACCCCACCGUGGCCCUCGGCUACCCGAGCCAGGGCGACUACAAGGACACGGUGCCCGCCAUCUGGCUCGACUACGGCAACGAGCGCAAGGGCCGCUUCGUCGGCCUCGUCAACAAGGACGGCUCCGCGAAGACGGAGUGCGGCAUCCACGUCGCCGGC